AUGAAAGGUAAUCAUGCACUGCCAAACAACCACUUCAGGAAGACGUCAUUGAAGAUAAAGGUGCAUCAUGACCCGGAGACGAAGCAGAAGCUGAUGAAGCAGAAGCGCCUCCAAAAGGCAAAGAUGAUGUAUCCGAUGCCGCUGGAGAAGCUGAGGCCGAUAGUGAGGUGUCCUACGGUGUGCCACAACAGGAAGGAAAGGCUGGGAAGGGGCUUUACGGCAGCAGAGUGUGAAGGAGCAGGGAUCGACUAUAGAUACGCCAGGAGGCUUGGGAUAUCGGUUGAUUUGAGGAGGCGAGAUGAAAACAAGGAGGCAAUGUGCAAGAAUGUCGAGCGAAUUAAGGAGUACAUGAGCAAGAUUACGAUACACGAGAGUGUGAGAGAAGCAAGGGAGAAGGGUGCAAAGCUGUUUACAGAUGUGGUUAUGCCGUAUGUGAAGCCUGAUUUGGUUGUCCAUAGCAUUUCGAAAGAAGAGAUUGCGUCAUAUGAAUAA